AUGGCAGCAUCAUUUUCAUCUGGAAAUAGCUCGCGAUUUGCCGACGACGUCGAAGAUCAGAAAAUGUUAGCGCCCAUUGCCGGCUUUGCGACUAUGCCAUUAGUAUCACUGGAAAAGGCAGUGGAGCCGUUAAUAGAUAUAUUACCAGGAAUUCAAACCUACGUUCAUGUUACAAAACAUCGAUGCGACAAACCUCCAGCUAAUGGUUUGACAGUAGAUGAAUCAGCAUCGAUUCAAAUCUACACAAUGGAGUGGGAACCUCAGGAUGAGUGUCUCUAUGUCGUUUUAAACCGAGCGCUUCGUUCCGAAAAGCGUGGUGAAUUAAGACCGUGGUUUUUAUACAUGAAGCUCAUUAUGACAGCUCUUUCGAAACUUCCAUCAACUCAUUGUACCAUCUAUCGGGGAAUCAAACUUGAUUUGACCGCAAAUUAUCGAGAAGGCACUACUUUCAUUUGGUGGAGUUUCAGUUCCUGUACUAAAAGCAUGAGUGUGCUACAAAAUGAUCAAUUUGUUGGAACAUCGGGUAAACGAACAAUUUUUGCCAUUGAAUGCAACACGGCGAAAGACAUUCGAGAGCAUUCGUUUUAUAAAAACGAGGACGAAAUGUUACUACUUCCUGGGCGACAAUUUCAAGUAGUUGGAUGCCUGAAACCCGGCAAUGGUUUGAAUAUAAUUCAAGUCAGAGAAGUCGAACCGCCUUUUCCUCUUAUUUCGUUCGAAUCUGAUUCCGUGACGAAUCGUCAAUCUACAACUGCUACGUCAUCGAUGAACGGUUCGAUCGCCUCUUCACCGUCAUCAGACAAAAGUAUAGUGGAACCCGAAGGUAAACAUAUUAUGAUGUCGUACGAACUAGCCGAUCAAGAUCUAGCUAGCGAAGUGGUAAACCAAUUAGAAAACAUUGGAUAUAUAGCUUGGACCUCCCAAGAUAGUGGAGGACAUAACGAAGCAGAAGACAUGGCUGAAGGCAUAGAACAAUCAUGGGCUGUUAUAUGUUUUCUGACACCAAAUUACCAGACUUCAGAUGAUUGUCGAAAGCAACUUCGUCAUGCAAUAAAACACAAGAAAAAGAUUAUUCCUAUAAUUGCUGUACGCAAUUGGAGUCCAAGUGGUUGGCUCGAUUAUUCCAUCACAGAUGUACAAUGUUUACAUUGGGCAUCUACUCAUCCUAGUCAAAUAGCUGAAAAAAUGCCUGAACUUCUGUUACGACUUCGAACUUUGGCUACAGGUACUAAACCUAAGCCUACAGAAGUGAGAGCGGCACGGCGAAAACCUGGAGAACCUACAGCAAGCAUGCCCGUCUCAAGUGCUGAUUCAUCCCAUGUGUCUGUUACUACUGCUGAAGGUAGAAAACCUGAAGAAUCUACAACAAGCAUGCCCAUUUCAAGACCCAAUUCGUCCCAUGUGCCUGCCGCUAUUCGAAGUAGAAAACCUGAAGAUCUUAAGGAUCCGAGUGAUUUUUACAAUGCAUGUCGAAACAAUGAUAUCAAUUUGGUUAAACAUUAUUUGGAAAACAUGUCGGCCAAAGAAAUCAAUCAAAUGGAACCAAAUGGUUCUACUGCACUUCAUGUGGCUUCCUAUCGAGGACACGAAGAAAUUGUUGCGCUAUUAUUACAACAUGGUGCUGUUCAUUCAAUGACAAAUAGAUACAACCAAACUCCACUAGAUGAAGCAAGAACGGAGAAAAUAAAACAGAUGAUUCGUCGUUGUAUGAGCAAAACUCGUUUUGUUAGUGAUUCUCUCGAGUGGAUCCUUUCGACAAAUGAUGCAGAUUUUCAAGCACAUAAAUACUUAGAAACAUUAAAAGCAUACGGAACUACCCCUAGUUUUACUCGACUAAUCGUUUAUAUAAAAGAAAAUUAUUUGAAAAAAGAUUUACAAAAUGUCGAAGAUAUUGGAUUAAUAAAAGAAUAUUUUGAUAUGGCAAUUAAUCAAAGAGAUCCUGUUUAUCUCUUAAAAGCUUAUACAGCUGAAACUGGAUUUUAUUCUGCACUUAACAUUGAUCUGGCAAAGAUACAUUUGGAAAACUUAACUGACGAAUCAAAUCUUAGUCGAGCAUAUUAUACGGGAAUAAUCGCACACCAUCCCAAAUUCGAAACGUUCUCUUUUAUUGGUACUGUGUUUCGUGGAAUGAUGAUUACAUCCGAUGAUCUCAAGCAGUAUAAAAUAGGUACACGAAUCUUAACUAAAACAUUUUCAUCAACAUCAAAACAACAAAAUAUUGCCUUCGGAUUUCUUAAUGACAAACACAGUAGAGAUGGUCGAUUAAGUACAAUCUGCACUUAUGAAAUACGUAAUCAAAGAACUGCGCUAGAUAUUCAUCAAAUAUCAUUAUUUGAAUAUGAACAAGAGGUUCUAAUAUUACCCUACUCGGCAUUUAAAAUCAUUGACCUUAAGACGAACUCACAUAAUUUGCCUAAAGUUGAAAUAACAUUAAAAGAAUGUGAACCAUGGUAG